GUCUCACAGGUAUGAUCAUAUUUCAGGCUUUCUUGAUAUGGCGGCAAUGACUUGAUGUUAUCCGCUUCGAGCCAAUGUUCGAGUCAAUGAACUUAGUCUGACACUAUGUCUAUUCUUCCUCCACUUAUAGAAAGUUCGAGGCUCCCAGACACGGCCAUCUUGGUUUCCUUCCUCGCAAGCGUUGCGCUUCCCACCGUGGUCGCGUUAAGUCCUUCCCCAAGGAUGACCAAUCCAAGCCCGUCCACUUGACCGCCUUCAUGGGUUACAAGGCCGGUAUGACUCACGUUGUUCGUGAUCUUGACCGUCCUGGUUCCAAGAUGAACAAGAAGGAGAUCGUCGAGGCUGUCAGCAUCGUUGAGACCCCUCCUAUGGUCAUCGUUGGUGUCGUUGGUUACGUCGAGACCCCCCGUGGUCUUCGUACCCUCACCACCGUCUGGGCUGAGCAUCUUUCCGACGAAGUCCGUCGUCGCUUCUACAAGAACUGGUACCGCUCCAAGAAGAAGGCCUUCACCAAGUACGCCAAGAAGUACUCUGAGGGCUCCAAGGAGAUCACUCGUGAACUCGAGCGUAUCAAGAAGUACUGCAGCGUCGUUCGCGUCAUUGCUCACACUCAAGUCCGCAAGGCCAAGAUUGGCCAGAAGAAGGCCCACGUUAUGGAAAUCCAAGUCAACGGUGGUUCCAUUGCCCAAAAGGUUGACUGGGCCCGCGAGCACUUCGAGAAGGAAGUCGAAGUCACCUCUCUCUUCGAGCAAGACGAGAUGGUUGAUGUCAUUGCUGUCACCAAGGGUAAGGGUUUCGAGGGUGUUACUGCCCGUUGGGGUACCAAGAAGCUUCCCCGUAAGACCCACAGAGGUCUCCGUAAGGUUGCCUGUAUUGGUGCUUGGCAUCCUUCCCGUGUCAUGUACUCUGUUGCCCGUGCUGGUCAGGACGGUUACCAUCACCGUACUGAGAUCAACAAGAAGAUCUACCGUGUUGGCAAGGCUGGCGACAAGAAGUCUGGCGCUACUGAGUACGAUAUCACUGAGAAGGAUAUCACCCCCAUGGGUGGUUUCCCUCACUACGGUUUCGUCAGUGAAGAUUUCUUGAUGAUCAAGGGUGGUAUUGCCGGUACCAGAAAGCGUGUUGUCACCAUCCGCAAGUCCCUCAUCACCCACACCAAGCGUUCCGCUCUCGAGAAGGUUCAACUCAAGUUCAUCGAUACCUCUUCCAAGUUCGGUCACGGUCGUUUCCAGACUGCUGCCGAGAAGCAGGCUUUCAUGGGUACCCUCAAGAAGCAAUUGUAAAUUUCUUAAAAAGUU